AUGUUACAUGAAGAUGUGCCUGGUGAGUUUCCAGAAAUUUUGGUCACUAAAGAAGAGACGUGGCUUUUAUACUUUGAUAGGUCUGUCACCCAUAGAAACGACACUGGAGGAGCGGGCGUAGUGCUAGUGUCUCCAUCUGGUGAUGUCUUCUCACACUCAUUCAAGAUGGAUUUUCAUUGCACCAACAAUUCAGCGGAAUAUGAAGCUUUCUUACUAGGCCUGUCCUUGGCCAAGGAAGCAGGAGAAACACACCUUGAGAUAAGAGGAGACUCAAAACUACUGGUUAAUCAAAUGAACGGAGCACACUCUCUCAGAGAAAUCAUACUCGCUCCAUUCAGAUCUGAAGCUCAGCGGAUAUUAACUCAUUUUGCUGAUGCAACGAUUGUUCACAUUGGAGAACCAACAACAGGCAUGCUGAUUGUCUGGCAACUCUCGCUUCCAAACUACAAUUCGAGGGAGAAAUCACAAAACAGAGGUGCGCUGUGUCAUCUACUUGUCUUGCUCAAGUCGAAGACAUUCAAGCGAACGAUUGGAGGGAGCCUAUUAUUCAUGAACUGA